GCUGGCACACCACCACCACCACCACCCGCAAGGAUCCAGGCCGACACCUGUGUUGCAUCAUCACAUCCUCGAUUCCAUUCCUUUCCAAGCUCGCCGACCCUGCACCAACGACUUUCGCGACACCUGCACGCCGUGUCCGGAUACACCGCUCUCGGUACAGGGAAGAUAUAUACCACAAGACGAAGCGCACUGUCCAAGCUACCAGUAGCGCCCUGCCUGCUGUUGCCCGCGGCCUGAUCCUGCGUUUCCAACCCGCCGGGGUCAUUCAAUAACCCGCCACACCCACCAUGGCGCAAGACAACGAUGCGCAAAAGUCAGCCGACAAGGGCAAGGGCAAGGCUGUCGAGACCAAGGUCGACGAGAGCAAGAAGAAGGAUGGCCAGCCCGAGGCUAACGGCAAGAAGGACGAGGACAAGAUUGGCUCCGAGGAGGAGCUCAGUGAGGAGGACCAGCAGCUCAAGAGCGAGCUUGAAAUGCUCGUUGAGCGCCUGACGGAAUCCGAUGCGACUCUCUACAAGCCCGCCCUCGAGGCCAUCAAGACCUCCAUCAAGACCUCCACAUCGUCAAUGACCGCCGUACCGAAGCCACUCAAGUUCUUGAGGCCACACUACGAAACACUGGUCCAGCGUUACGACGAGUGGCCCGAGGGAGACGACAAAUCUGCCCUUGCCGAUGUGCUUUCCGUCAUUGGCAUGACCUUCUCGGACGAGGGCCGCCAAGAUACGCUCAACUACCGGCUACAGUCGAAAUCUCAGGACAUCGAGUCAUGGGGUCACGAAUACGUACGGCACCUGGCGCUCGAGAUCGGCGAGGUCUUUGGAAAGCGUGUUACAGCAGACGAGGCGGUGCAGGACCUCAUCGACCUGGCGCGGAUUCUGGUUCCUCUGUUCCUCAAGUCCAACGCCGAGGCCGAUGCAGUCGACCUGAUGAGCGAACUUGAGAUCAUUGAGGAGCUCCCCAAAUUCGUCGACCAGAACACCUACCCCCGUGUCUGCCUGUACCUGGCCAGCAUGGUGAACCUGCUCACGUACCCGGACAACGAGCACUUCCUGCGAGUGGCGCACGACAUAUACAAGACAUACAAGGAGCACACUCAGGCCAUGGCCAUUGCCAUCCGCCUCAACGACCUCUCCCUCAUCAAGUCUGACUUUGACAGCGCGAGCGACCCGGCGCUCAAGAAGCAGCUCGCUUUCAUGAUUGGUCGCCAGAAGAUCUGGCUCGACAUCGAGAAGGAGGAUGAGGACGAGAAGGAUGGGACUGAGAUCGACGAGGCGCUAUGCAACCUCAAGCUGUCCGAGUACUUCAAGACCCUUGGCAAGGAACUCAACAUUCUCGAGCCCAAAACAACCGAGGACAUCUACAAGAGUCACCUGGAGAGCAGCAGAGUCGCAGGCAUGACGAAUCUGGACUCCGCGCGCCACAACCUCGCUGCUGCCUUUGUCAACGCCUUUGUCAAUGCCGGUUUCGGCCAGGACAAGAUGAUGCUCGUUGAGCAGGAGAAGGAGAGCUGGGUGUGGAAGACCAAGGACGAGGGUAUGAUGUCAACCGUCGCGUCGCUCGGCACGCUAUUGAUGUGGGACGUCGAGAACGGUCUUGACAAGGUCGACAAGUUCACAUACGCCGAGGAGCCCCAGAUCCUUGCUGGUGCCAUGCUGGCUAUCGGUAUCAUGAACUCUGGCGUUCGUGUCGACAGCGACCCUGCUUUGGCUCUGCUGGGUGACCAGGACAAGCUCGAGCACAAGAGCCCCCUGGUCCGCGUUGCCUCCAUCAUGGGUCUCGGCCUUUCGUACUCUGGCUCGCAGAGGGAGGAUCUGCUGGACAUUUUGUUGCCCAUCAUCAACAGCUCAAACGACGAGAUGCAAAUUCCCGCGAUGGCUGCGCUGGCCAGCGGUAUGAUCUUUGUUGGAUCUGGCAACCCGGAGAUUGGCGAGGCUAUUGUAACACUGCUCCUGGACGAGGACAAGAAGACGCUCCUGACGGAUAAGUGGACCCGUUUCCUGGCCCUCGGCCUUGGCCUCCUUUACUUUGGCCGCCAGGAGGAGGUUGAUGUCAUUCUCGAGACGCUCAAGGCUGUCGACCACCCGAUGGCGAGGCCGACGGCUGUGCUCGCAGAGAUCUGUGCCUGGGCUGGAACUGGUGCGGUGCUCAAGAUUCAGGAGCUUCUCCACAUCUGCAAUGAGCACAUCGAGGACUCGGAUGAGAAGAAGGGUGACGAGCUGCUGCAAGCAUACGCCGUGCUGGGCAUUGCGCUCGUCGCCAUGGGUGAGGACAUCGGACAAGAGAUGGUCCUGCGCCAGUUUGGUCACUUGAUGCACUACGGCGAGGCCAACAUCCGCCGUGCUGUGCCGCUGGCGAUGGGCCUGAUCAGCCCCAGCAACCCCCAGAUGAAGGUUUACGACACAUUGUCAAGAUACAGCCACGACACCGACAAUGAUGUCGCCAUCAACGCCAUCUUUGCGAUGGGUCUACUGGGUGCAGGUACCAACAACGCCCGUCUGGCGCAGCUGCUGAGGCAGCUUGCCAGCUACUACCACCGAGACCAGGAAUCUCUCUUCAUGGUCCGCAUCGCGCAGGGACUGCUGCACAUGGGCAAGGGCACCCUGUCGCUCAACCCCUUCCAUACUGACCGCCAGAACCUGUCGAGAGUAUCGACUGCUGGCCUCCUGACUGUGCUCGUCGCCAUGAUUGAUGCCAAGUCGUUCAUCACGUCCUCAUCACACUACCUGCUGUAUUUCUUGGUUACGGCCAUGCACCCACGCUUCCUGGUGACACUGGACGAGAAUCUCAAGCCGCUCACAGUCAACGUGCGUGUCGGUCAAGCCGUCGACGUCGUUGGCCAAGCUGGUCGACCCAAGACCAUCACAGGCUGGCAGACGCAGUCAACACCUGUCCUUCUUGCUCACGGAGAGCGUGCGGAGCUUGAGGACGACGAGUACAUCAGCCUCAGCAGCACACUCGAGGGGCUGGUUAUCCUGCGCAAGAACCCUGAAUGGGAAGGUGGCAAAUAAGGGCCUUGGAAGCUAGGACGAUUGAUGGUGUCAAAGGGGCAGUGAAAGACUCGGCAGCGGCUUCGUCCCUGCGAUAUGAUUGGCAACACAGCCUCGAUGCCCUCUUCAGUCCAGAUAUUGUACUAGACAUGACAACAUAGAAGGUCAAAAAUAGAAACCUUUGUCAAAGA